AUGUCGGCCCCUCAGUGUUGGAUUUCAUCCGCAGUCGUCGAAGAAAGUGAGCAUGCGGAGGUCACCCAUCUCUGUCGCCAGGCCGAUGUGUGCCGCCAAUUGUUCUCCCAGUUCGACAUCCUGACGGAACACCAGGCCAAAGCAGGGACAGUCAUCCGAACCCUCCCGGAAUUUCAGGGCAAGAUGAAUCGAGUCGUGGGAUUUGGAACGCCAGGGCCCGUUGACGAAGCGGAUGUGCGCGAGCUGGAAUCAACCUAUGCCGCUAUUGGGCUGCAUCCCGAAAUUCACCUCGGACUGGGGGCGCAUCCUUCCGCGCUAUCGUGCUUGCAAGCUAUGGGGUAUACCACACAAGGCACCCUGAACACGUAUGUGUGCUCGCUCAAAAACCAUAAGAUUCCCGUCGCGCGCCCAGGCGCCACCGCUGCCGGGCCGGUCAUCCGGCAGGUCAGCGCGCAGGACAGUAGUGAGCGAUUUAUCCAGGCGUCGAUCGCUGGGUUUGAGGACGGAGGUCGGUCGGCCCCCUUGCUGCGCGUCCUGGCGCAGAUAGCAACCCUCCGGGCGGACACCCAAUUGUUUCUCGCGACGAUCGACGGCGAGAUUGCGGGCUCAGCAGCCUUGGCGGUGGUUGACACCCCGACUGGGGGCGUGGGCCACUUGUACCUGGACAGCACGCUGCCAUCCUAUCGCGGUCGGGGCGUGCAGACGGGCCUCAUCCAGGCCCGACUCGCCGCCGCCCAACGGCUACGACUCUCGCUGGCGACCACGAUCACCCGAGCAGGCACGGGCAGUGCCCGUAAUUUCGAGCACGCUGGGCUGCAGCUCGCCUACACGACUGCGAUUUUUGUUCCAGAAGGCCGUUAG